AUGGUGCUGCUGCGAGUGGAGGUAGCAACAAGUUACAUACAAUGCGCUUCCAAGAUUACAGCUUCGCAAAAUCAAUAUUAUUAUACAUAUACGCCACGUGAUUCAGCUGAGCACAAAAGACUCCAUAUCCUCACCGAUCAUAAAGAGGAAAAUCCGCUGGGCGCCGGGAUGAUGCGCUGGGCGGAUUGA